AUGGGCCCUCGGCAGCUCCCGCAGUUCGGCCUCCCAUCCCGAGGAGCCGCUGCUUCUGCCUUCUGCACCUGCUGCGGCUUGUUCUGCUCCCCGUCCGUCGCUGGAAAGAAACAAUCAUCUGUAUUUCUUGUUAACAACAAGAGGAAGGCCUAUUUUGCAAAGACAAUGGAUGACAGGUAUGACGGGUUCUUCCUCUCCAUGCUCGCCACUAGCGUAAUCAUCGUUUCCAUUAAUUGGAAGAGGUAUCGCCUUUGUGCCCACCCGCUCCACAUUUGGAUAGUGGUGGACUACACCACUGUCUUCAUCUUCCGCCUCCUAAUGUUUCUUGAUAAUGGUCUCGCUGCAGGAAUGGGAUUAGAUCUUGGAUGGCAACAGAGAUAUGCUCGUUUUUGUGGAAGAAUAGUUGUCCUCUCAGUUCUUGUACUACUUCUCUAUCCCUUUCUCUGGGUUUGGACUGUGAUUGGAACAUUGUGGUUUAACACUGCAAGGGGCUGCUUGCCGGAAGAAGGACAAAAGUGGGGCUUCUUGAUAUGGCUGCUUUUCAGUUACUGUGGGCUCGCCUGUAUUGCUUGUGUAGCUAUUGGGAAGUGGUUAAACCGAAGGCAUGCAGUUCAACAGAGAGCACAACAAGGAAUUCCAGUCUCUGAAUACGGGAUUUUGGUUGAUAUGAUCCGUGUUCCUGAUUGGGCAUUUGAGGCUGUUGGCCUGGAAAUGAGAGUGGGCCAAGAUACUGCAUAUCAUCCUGGUCUUUAUUUAACUGCAGCUCAGAGAGAAGCAGUUGAGGCACUGAUUCAAGAGCUUCCAAAAUUCAGGCUGAAAGCUGUUCCAACGGACUGCAGUGAAUGUCCCAUCUGCCUUGAAGAAUUUCAUGUUGGCAAUGAGGUCCGUGGGCUCCCAUGCGCGCACAAUUUCCAUGUGGAGUGCAUCGACCAGUGGCUCCGACUGAAUGUCAAGUGCCCACGGUGCCGGUGCUCCGUCUUCCCCAACCUGGACCUGAGUGCGUUGAACAAUCUUCGGUCGACCAGCGAGCCGGACCAUCCAUCCGCCAGUGCCAGCGAUGUAACUACAGCAACGAGAUACGUGAGGUCGCAGCCGGCAGGGCAAAGCUAUUUGGUGCGGUUGCAGGGGCUGCUGCUCCGCCCUGUCCGGCACGAGAGCGUGGAGAGUGACGGUGAGCCGGCGGUGGCCAACAGUCGCUUGGUUGGCCCCGAAGAGCUGCCCAGCAUAGUUGUAGACGAUGGCCAUCAGCUGCUAGAUCGCUGA